UUUUUUAUCGGACUAGCAGCACUGUUGAAAUAUGUAUAACAUAUCCUCUUCCGUUGUAUUGUCUCAAUAAAGUACGGUUAGGUUAUUUAAAAAAAAAUAAAAAGUUCAUUUGUCAGCUUUUCAUUUUGAAAGAAAUGCAAAAUAACGUUGAAUCUCUUUCAUCCGCGAUGGAAUGCACUCAAGAAUUGUCUUCAUACGUCACCAGACAAGAUAUUUUAAAUUUUCCUUUUCCAUACAAAUUGUGGUUAGUUGUUCAUUUAGACUUUUGUGAUUUUCUGCGUUGGAAUCGUGACGGGACCGUGGUACUGCUUGAUUUAAUAGCUCUAGAAGACUAUUUAAAUUCAACGCAGUCUAUUUUUAAAAUAAAAAAUCGUUCCGUCUUCUUGGAGCAUCUCGAACAAUUUAAAUUUGAUAGACUGAAUGCCAUGCCAGAAGCUGAUGAGGAUUUACUACUCCAGUAUAGGAACGAAAACUUCCAACGUCAUCGACUAGAUCUUUUGCCAAAAAUACGUCGACACACAUAUCAAUUAUUAGGGGAAAUGGAGCAAAAGAAUAAUAUAGGUGUGGAUGCUUCUAACCAUAUUCAGCGUUUGGCCGAAGAGAAGAAGUACCGUCAGGUAGCCGACCGUAUGCUAGGCGACUUGUGUUUUAUGUCCCACGGAGGUCUAUCAAAUAUACAAAAGAGUCGAUUACGCUUUCAAACAAUUUUGAGUUUCCAAAAUGAAACACGCAUUUUGGAGGAGAAAUUACAUGCUUCUGAUGAGUGUGCAGCUAUUCAAGCUCAACAACGCCGACUUAAAUCUGAUGGGACUAGUCGUUCGGGUAUUGGAUCUGUAGAGGAAGAACAAGUUAUAGAACUACCUGUUGAUUUAUUCGAGAAUCCGCAUGAUUCAGUGUUGCACUUAGGUGAAGACUUUCGCCCGGAAUAUGCAGGCUAUUACGGAAACUGCAGCAAAGAGCAAGUCUUACAUUUUUUCGGAGAUUAUUUGCCAAUGUAUGAAGAUGGUUCAAUGGAAAUUAAGAAAAUUGUUGCUGAAAUAUGCACCACUAAUCAACAAACAAUUUUAUCCACUGAACAACCAUUUUCCGAUCAGAUACAAGUCGGUGACCAGGAUGGUACUUUAACAUCCUCUGCACCUUCAUCGUGUAUUUCGCAGCCAAUUUUAUCCACGUUGAAUUUAUCUUCAACCCUAGAACCAAUUUUUAAGAACGACGACGAUGAUGAUAUAAAUCAGAGUUUACCUCAAUCAGAAGAUAAUUCAAACAUUUGUGCUAUAGAUGGUGAAACGGAAAUUUCCAUGGAUGAGUUUAUAAAAUUCAAGGAGAAUAACAAAGAAGACAUAAAAGUUAAUUAUUCCGAAACAGGAAAGGACUUCCCACAGAUGCCCACGGCAAUCAAAUUGGAAAUUACAGAUGAAUCCGAUUCUGAAAAUGAAGCUAAUUUUCGAAAUUUCUUUAGUCAAUAUCGUGCAUCUCUAAAUCUACUAUAUGAACGCCACUAACCAUCCGGUGUACUUCCAAAACUUGUCAAUUCAAAAAUCUAUUUACUUCUGAGUUUUUUUUCCUAGUUAUAAUUUAAUCAAACAUUAACGACUUUUAUUAUGUUAAUUAAUCCUCACUUUGUUGAUAUUUAGUUUUUUAGAAUUACAUGCAUCUUACUAAAUAAUACAGCCAGAAUAUAUUCAACAAGA